UGCACUCCGUUCCCCGGUUCCAGCUCCUUGAGCUUCCACUUUCAUUUCCUCCCACAACUGGCAGCUGCCCAGGCUCUGAACUUUGUAGCACCCUCCCCAAACUUCACCACCACUUCUGGUGCCUAGUCGACAAUCUGCCAAAAAGCAGGAUUCGUUUUGACAUAUUGAAAUCCCGUUGAUCGUUACAUCGCUAUUUCGAUCAAAUUAAAUCCGGCAAGCCACAUAUUUCCCGAUUCCACUGAGAAAUCCCGAGCCGCAGCGAUGAAGCCCGCGAUGUGUCGUGAAUCUCGGCUUAGUUUGAGAGACUUUUAGUUUUUGCACGCUUCACUUCAAGAAGGAGGUUGCCCACAGCUUCUGCUCCAGGGAAAACAAUCCAAGUUUGACCAACCUCUCCUUAUAGCCAACACUCUAAUCCAGGCAACAGGUGAUCCUCUUCUGCCUUUCUCUAAAGCCUCGACAUCCUUCCUGCACACAACGCUCCAAAUAGUGAAGAGAAUAAUAUCUGAAGAUUGUCAAUCGUAUUGCAACCGAAAUGCCCUAGCGGUGUUUUUGGAGAAGAGCCAAGCUGCUUAUAUGUCCACAAGAUGAGUGGAAUGGGUGAAAAUUCCUCCGACCUUGCCAGAUUAGACGCGAGAAAACGCAAGGAAUCACCGUGUGACCACCCACGACCAAGCCCCAAACGUAACACUGAGAAACGUCAUCGAGAGCAAGAAAAUAAGUACAUUGAAGAACUUGCUGAACUGAUAUUUGCUAAUUUUAAUGACAUUGACAACUUCAACGUUAAGCCAGACAAAUGUGCAAUCCUAAAAGAAACUGUGAAAAGAAUCCGGCAUAUAAAAGAGCAGGAAAAGGUUGCCGCAAACGAAGAUGCUGUGCAGAAAGCGGAUGUAUCCUCCACAGGUCAAGGUGUAAUUGAUAAAGAGGCGCUCGGUCCAAUGAUGCUCGAGGCCUUGGAUGGAUUCCUUUUUGUGGUCAAUCUUGAAGGGCACAUAGUGUUUGUAUCUGAAAAUGUGACUCAGUACCUGAAGUACAACCAAGAAGAGCUUAUAAACUCCAGUGUAUACAGCAUACUGCAUGUUGGUGACCAUGCAGAGUUUGUCAGAAACCUUUUGCCUAAAUCUCUUGUUAAUGUGGUGCCUUGGUCCAAUGAAAUCCCAAGACGAAACAGCCACACUUUUAACUGUCGUAUGUUGGUUAAACCACCUGGUGAGACUGAUGAGGAAGGCCAUGAUAACCAGCAAGCACCUCAGAAAUAUGAAACAAUGCAGUGUUUUGCUGUAUCUCAACCAAAGUCAAUUAAAGAAGAAGGGGAAGAUUUGCAAUCCUGUUUAAUCUGUGUGGCAAGGAGAGUUCCCGUGAAGGAGAGAUCUCAAUUUGCUAAUACUGAAAGUUUUACCACCAAACAUGAUUUAACAGGCAAAUUAAAAUCUCUGGAUAUAAAUGCAUUACGUGCUUCAAUGAAACCAGGCUGGGAAGACUUAGUGCGAAGGUGUAUUCAAAGAUUUCACCUGCAAAAUGACAAAGAGAUUCCAUUUGCUAAGAGGCAUCAUCAUGAAGUGUUGAGACAGGGUCAGGCUUUGAGUCCUGUGUAUCGGUUUUCUUUAUCUGAUGGCACCAUGGUUGCUGCACAAACAAGGAGCAGGCUUAUGCGCACUCCAAAUACCAGCGAGUCUCAAUUUAUCAUGUCACUGCAUGUUGUUCAAAGAGAGCAAAAUGUCUGUGGGAUGAAUCAGGAAUCAACUGGACAAGGAAUGGUAAAGCCAUUGAAUCCAAAUUCUAGUAGUCCAGCCAUGGCAGGUGUUUCAGCUGCAACAACAGGUCAAGAGAUGGCAAUGAACAGCAGUUCAAAUUUUGCCAUGAAUGGUCUGAAAGAGCAAACAGGUAUGGGACAAAUGCCAGGAAACAGGUUUGUUGCAGGAGGAAUAAACCAUGGAUCAAGCAUGCAAGCAGCCACUCCUCAGGGUAGUAACUAUGCACUCAAAAUGGGCAGCCCAUCAAGAAGUAGUCCAGGAGUGACUGCUGGGCAGAAGAACUCCAUGCUUUCUCCCAGACAUCGUGGAAGUCCCGGGGUGGUUGGAAGCCCUUGCAUCUCAGCUAAUCAGUUUUCUCCCGUAGGAAACUUGCAUUCUCCAGUCGGGGUUUGUAGCAGCACAGGGAAUAGCCAUAGCUACUCUAGCAGCUCCCUUAAUGCACUUCAAGCCCUCAGUGAAGGACAUGGAGUAUCUCAUGGAGCAUCACCUGAACUGAAAAUGGUGACUUUGCAAAAUUCUCCUGGAAACGCCAGUUCUUCGCUCACUAAAAAAGGGAGCGUGGACUCCAAAGAUUCCUUUGGGUUGUUCGGUGAGCCAGGACCAACUGAAGCUGCAACCGGGCAGUCAGAAAGUGGACUUUCUGGUGAACAGAAAGAUGGCAAUGAAAGUAACUUAAAUCCAUUUGGUGGCGGAGAAAGGACUGAUGGCCAAGGCAGAGGGCAUGAUGGCAAAGGACAUACCAAACUCCUACAGUUACUGAUCACCAAAUCAGAUCAAGUGGAAGCUUCCCCUUUGCCAAGUACUCUUGGAGAUUCAAUGAAAGACUCUCCAGGCAAUUCAUUAGGAUUACUGUCUACUUCAGCAGUGACAUCAUCCACAACCAACACCUCUGCAUCACAUGGGCCCUCGCUGAAAGAAAAACAUAAAAUUUUGCACAGACUCCUGCAGGACAGCACUUCUCCUGUAGAUUUGGCAAAGCUGACAGCAGAGGCCACAGGUAAGGAACACAACCAGGACGUGGGCAGUUCAAUUCCUGGUGGAGAAAUACCUAAUAAACAGGAACAAAUGAGCCCGAAGAGAAAAGAAAAUGCACUACUUCGAUACUUACUGGAUAAGGACGACACUAGUAUGUAUAAUAUUAAACCUAAAAUCGAGCGGAUGGAUAGCAAGUUGGAUGCCUGCAUGAGCACUAAAACAGCAAUCAAGUCUGAGAAGGAAAUUAAUUUUGAACCAUCAGAACAGAUCAGCAGUGACUUGGAUAACUUAGAAGAAAUUCUUGAUGACCUGCAGAACAGUCAGUUACAGCAGCUUUUCCCAGACAUGAAGACAGUUCCUGCCAGUGGACCAGUGGACAAGCAGACCAUCUUCCAAGACCUGCUGCAAAUAGGCAACGGGAAUGUCUCUGCAUCACCACUUGGAACGCCGAGCCCAUUAUCUGGGAUGUUACAAAAUGCUUUCAAUAACCCUCGAGCUGUGCAACCAGGCAGACAGCAACAAGGUCGAAAUACAGGAAUGGACAUCCAUAUGCAGGGACAGACAAGUGCAGGACCAUUCCCACCAAUACGAAACAUUAGUCCAUUUGCUGUAGUGUCACAGCAAGUCAUGGGUAACCAAGGAGGUUUGGGAGCCAGUGCAGGAAUGGUCAGUAGUAUGGGAAGUGGAGCCCCACGAUCCAGUAUGGCUUCUGUAGACUGGGGUCAGUCAAGCUCUGCUGCAAACACCACAGGAUCUAUUACAAUGAGCAGGGCAACUCUGCAAGGCAGCAUGAUCGGCAGUCCUUCAUCUGGUAUUCCUAUGAGACCCAACAGUCAGCCCGGUCAGAGAUCAAUGCCCCAAACACAAAUAAUGGGGUCGCCAGAAAUUGAGGUGGGUUUGGGAGGGCCAUCAUAUGGUCAGCAACAAGCGCCUCCAAACCAAACUGCACCUUGGCCUGACAGUAUAAUGCCGAUUGAUCAGGGGCCUUUUGCUAAUCAAAAUCGAAGGCAGUCGUACAACAGUUCUCAAGAUGACCUGCUUUGUACAUCUAUACCAACGGAAGCUCCAAAUGAUGAAGGCACAAUUCUAGACCAGUUACGUUCAGCACUAAAGAAUAUUGAUGAACUAGGACUGGAAGAAAUUGACCGGGCACUCGGAAUACCUGAACUCGUUAUCCAGAGCCAAAGUGUGGAUCACCAGCCAGAGUCAUUUCCUAGCCAGAAGUCCACAAUGAUGGUUGAAAAGCCUCAAGUCUACAAUCAGGCAUAUGGUCCGCAGACCACAGUAGUACAAGGAAACUACUCUACCAUGCAGGAUCCUAAUUUUCAUCCUCUGGCGAAUCAAAUGGGGCAACGACCAGGAUACCCGAUGUUACGGAUGCAGCCAAGACCUGCACUGAGGUCAUCGGGGAUGGUGCCUAACCAGCCCAAUCAGCUUCGGCUUCAGCUCCAACAAAGGCUUCAAGGACAGCAAAUGAAUCGACAGCCACUGAUGAACCCACUCACCACUGUCUCCAACAUGAAUCUACCUCUAAGGGCCAGCGUGCCACCACAAAUGAGUGGUCAGGGACCUAUAAAUGCACAGAUGCUGGCCCAGAGACAGCGUGAGCUUCUGAAUCAGCACCUGCGUCAAAGACAAUUGAUGCAACAGCAACAGCAGCAGCAACAGCAGCAGCAGGUGCAACAGAGAACCAUCAUGAUGCGGCAGCAGGGUUUGAACAUCCCACCAAAUAUGGCAACCUCUGGCAGUAUGGCAGCUGCCAUGAGCACUCCUCGGAUUCCUCAGGCAUCACCACAACAGUUCCCAUUCCCUCCGAACUAUGGAAUGAAUCAGCAGUCUGAUACAGGAUUUGCUGGGGCUACCACCCCCCAAAGCCCAUUAAUGUCCCCAAGGAUGAGCCAUACACAGAGUUCAAUGAUACAGCAGUCUCAACCUACACCCACCUACCAGUCACCUUCUGAGAUUAAUGGCUGGCCACAGGGAAGCAUGAACGGAAACAGCAUGUUUUCACAGCCGUCCCCACCACAGUUUGGACAACAGGCAAACACCAGCAUGUACAGCAACAACAUGAAUAUCAGUGUUUCUAUGGCAACCAAUGCUGCUGGUAUGAACAACAUGAAUCAGAUGUCAGGGCAGAUUAGCAUGACCUCAAUGACCUCUGUGCCAACACCAGGAUUGUCCUCUAUGGGUGCUGAACAGGUCCAGAAGGUCCACGUGCUUGCUGAUGUACAGUGCAAGGUCAACAUUUAGGUGGUAACAAUUAUACCAACAAACAAGCUCCACCAGAUCAAGCCAAGAAAAGUGCAGCAGCCAAUUGAACUCAGCCAGUCUCAGAGAAAUUCCUGUUACAAGUGUUGCUAACAGAGACAGGCUCUUUAGUAGCAACAUACUUGCCUACCGAAGUUGCUUUGUCCAUUAAUUGCAUUCACCAUAAGUGUGACUUAAGUCUGUCCUCACAACAGAUUGACAUCGGCUUUGAACCUUGUCCGAUGAAUGUAUUUCUAUCGUCGUUUUGCAGAAUGAUCAGCUCUUUGCGCUUUUUUUUGAUCUUCAGUGGUUGCUGACUUUUCUGCUAUUUAAUCCAGUGUGCAGGCUUUCAGCCAUGUUUCCCUUCAACAGUAUUUAGAAAUGAAGCCUUUCUUUAAAAGGUUCUGCUGUGAAUAUAAAUAAACUUACCAAUAAGCUGAAUAAUGUAAGAAUAAAGAAUUUGGUUUGGAAGGUAUCUAAAUGGAAUAUGAAAUUGUUUUUAUGUUUUACAUGAAACCAAAUGGGGAAUAGACCUGGUGGUUUGUUAGUGUGUUAGCUAAGGUGUUUUGGUGCAUUAUCUCUUCAUGCUCUGUGUUUUCUGCAGUCAUGGCUCAAUAUCCAGGGUGCAUGAAAUGUUUUGACUGUUUUUUAUUACAUUCAAAUAUUAUAAUCAUUUGGCUCUGCAGACUGAGGCUACCUAUUAAACGUUAUCAGCUCUGUAGAGCCCCACCUCUCACACCAGAAUAACUUAUCUGACUAAUUGUUGCAUGUCGACAGAAAACACAAAAUUACCAAAUCAUCUUAAUGAUUACAUCGCAGUAAAUAAGACCAUUUUGAUCCUUGCCAUGUUACAGAUCUAGUUAGGUUACCAAAUCUGUGGCUCAUUUUUACGACUUUUCUUCAUUCACAUUCAGGUCAAAUCUCCGUGCUAGUUCCCACGACCGACCAGCGAUGGUGACGUAUGUCCCUACCCGUGCCCAAAAUGCAGAAUAGAUUUCUCUCAGUCAUUCGGACUGUCUCAGGAAAGCCCAUAGCCCCAAUUCAAUCCCAUCAGGAGCUGCAUAAUCCAUCUUUAAAAAAGGCAGGAAUUUGUAGUCAUAUCCUCAUUGCAAGUGUAUGUUGUUCACCCAGUCAACAUUACUAUUCUCCUGGCAACAUCUGGUAUUCUCACAACAAAAAUCCCUACAUGAAAUUGGCCUCCUUGGAACUGAAGGCCAGCUUCCUUCUCUCCUUCACCAUCUUCCCUUCUUCUGAGCUUUGCUUUUUGCCUCUCUUAGGUUGUGCUUCUUACCAUAGUGACAACAGUAUUGGCCUUUCCAAAAUGACGGGUUGGCCUCUUGCAGAUCAUUCUCCCAUGCUGGCUUUAUCUCUGUCCACCAGAGAUGAGCAAUAUGAUUCACACUCUCCCACAGACAGGCUGGGGUGCUGGGUGGAGUUCAGGAGCAUCACUGACAUUUGCUAAGGAUUUCUCCACUUAUUUUCUUUCAAAAAAGUCUGCAAUGGCAAAAUAACAAAAGCAAAGAUCAAAUGUAUUCUCUCCUUUUCUUGGUGUACCUUGCUUUCUCAUUUUGUACAAUGUGUUCUUCAGGUGAUAAGUUGUUCAUCUUCAUUGAUAGAAGCAAACACAGGUAUACAGGCAGCUAAGACAUAAUGCGGAAAUGAGAAUCUUCAGGAUAACUUUUUUUACUGGAUUUCUGAAAUAGGUGGCAUCCUGUGCCUGGCCUCACUGCUGAUUCAUAAUCAUUUAAUGUUGCAUCUCUAAUCUAGCAAAGUAUUACUAAUCUAAUAUUUUUUAUACUCUUUAAUUGUCCCUGAACAAUCAAUUGGUUUGGGACCGAACUGUGCAAAGAGCAGAAGCUUCUAUUACGAGUCUCACACGUAAAACUUGAUCAAAGUUUUACAAGAAACUCAUUAAAUGGUGCAUACCGUGUUGUGUGCAGAACCAAUAUUUGCAUUACCUGGUUUAUUGCAUUUCUGGUAUCAAGUCGUGGUUUUUACACGUAAUACAGAAUUCUGAGCAAAUGUAUCUUGGGCUACUCAUUCUAGUGACAAUUGUGAACAGGUUUGGAAUUUAUUAAGAGUUUCUUGAGUUUCUUUUCAAUGUGUGGGCAUGGGGUUAGUAUGGGUCUUUUCCAUACUGCAUUUGUUAUGUAGACAUUAAAAAGCUUUUAGCUUUGAAGAAUUAAGCAGAUAUAAUUGUGACAUUACUCACACAAUAUACCAAAUACUACAAUGUCGGCGGUUCCAUCGAGGCUAAGUAUUCAAUGCAGUUUGGUUCCAACAAUGCUAUCCUAUCAUGCAUAUUAGACCAGAUUGUUAUAACUAUUAAAUUCAUGACUUUACACUCAUGACUGCUUCUGGUGUGUUUAGUUGAGUUUAUGCAUGGGAUAGUAAUGCUUGCAUUGUGAGACAUAAAAUUUAAAGGUAUUACAGACUCGUCUAGCCUAUUAUUCGAAACUAAUUGUUCAAUGCAGUUUUAUUGUGCUGAGAGGACGGACUGUUUUAUAAGCUUCAGAAACCCAGUACUUCAUUACAAUUUCCUAAAGUCAGCGGCAGUUUCAAAAAGCAAAAUUGUGUAGAUCUAGGAUCAGAUAAGAGCCCAAACACAAACAGCCAUAACAUUUUCAUAUGGUACAGUAUUUUGUAAAUAAUAAGAUACGAUGACUUUUGGAAAGCAGUUAGCUACAGUGCUCUCCAUAAUGUUUGCGACAAAGACCCAUAAUUUAUUUAUUUGCCUCUAUACUCCAUAAUUUGAGAUUUGUAAUAGAAAAAAAAUCAUAUGUGGUUAAGGUGCACAUUGUCAGAUUUUAAUAAAGGCCAUUUUUAUACAUUUUGAUUUCACCAUGUCUUUAUACAUAGUCCCCCCAUUUCAGGGCACCAUAAUGUUUGGGACACAGCAAUAUCAUGUAAAUGAAAGUAGUCAUUUUUAGUAUUUUGUUGCAUAUCCUUUGCAUGCAAUGACUGCUUGAAGUCUGCGAUUCAUGGACAUCGCCAGUUGCUGGGUGGCUUCUCUGGUGAUGGUCUGCCAGGCUUGUAUUGCAGCCAUCUUUAGUUUAUGCUUGUUUUGGGGGGCUAGUCCCCUUCAGUUUUCUCUUCAGCAUAUAAACGGCAUGCUCAAUUGGGUUCAGAUCAGAUGAUUGACUUGGCCACUCAAGUAUUGACCAUUUUUUAGCUUUGAAAAACUCCUUUGUUGCUUUAGCAGUAUGUUUGGAAUCAUUGUCUUGCUGUAGAAUGAACCGCCAGUCAAUUAAUUUUGAGGCAUUUGUGUGAACUUGAGCAGAUAGGAUGUGUCUAUACACUUCAGAAUUCAUUAUUCUACUACCAUCAGCAGUUGUAUCAGCAAUGAAGAUAAGUGAUCCAGUAUCUUCUGCAGCCAUACAUGUCCAGGCCAUAACACCCCCACCACCGUGUUUCACAGAUGAGGUGGUAUGCUUUGGAUCUUGGGUAGUUCCUUCUCUCCUCCAUACUUAGCUCUUGCCAUCACUCGUAUAUAAGUUCAUCUUCAUCUCAUCUGUCCACAAGACUUUUUUCCAGAACCGUGGUUGCUCUUUUAAGUACUUCUUGACAAACUGUAACCCGGCCAUCCUAUUUUUGCGGCUAAUCAGUGGUUUGCAUCUUGCAGUGUAGCCUCUAUUUCUGUCCAUUAAGUCUCCUUCGGACAGUGGUCAUUGACAAAUUCACUCCUAAAGAAUGUUUCUGAUCCGUCCCUCAGGUGUUUGGUUUUUUUUCGUUAUUAUAGAGAGAAUUCUCCUGCCAUCAGCUGUGGAGGUCUUCCUUGGCCUGCCAGUGCCUUUGCGAUUAGUAAGCUCACCAGUGCUCUCUUUCUUCUUAGUGAUAUUCCAAACAGUUGAUUUUGGUAAGCCUAAUGUCUGGUUGAUGUCUUUAUAACAGUUUUAUUCUUGUUUCUCACUCAUAAUGGCUUCUUUGACUUUCAUUGGCACAAAUUUGGUCCUCGUGUUAAUAAACAGCAAUAAAAGUUUCCAAAGGUGAUGGAAAGACUGGAGGAAAGACUGGAUGCUGAGAGCUCUCGUACACCUGCAUUAACGAGGCAAUUACACACACCUGAGCAAUUUCAAAUACCUGUGAAGCCAUGUGUCCCUAACAUGGUGCCCUGAAAUGGGGGG